AUGGCUGAGGGCACGCAGAGUGACACGCAACCGCUGGAUUAUGACCAAAUCAAAGAUUGGAGGUCCAUCGUGACGCUCGUGGCGUUUGUCCUGGCAAACAUUGUCGUCCUCUUCCCCUUCCACAUCCCCCUUUUCGCCCCCAGGAAGCUCUAUCAUGUCUUCUUACGUGGGCUGUCCAUCUUGCGCAUCACUUCUCACCCCACACAAGAUGAGUUGGACAGGCGUUCACAAUAUGUGGAUCCUGAUGGCCAGGUCAAGAUCUCGGCCUUCGCGCGCUUCGACUUCCCUUUAAACAUCGUCACCGCGCCUCUCAUUGCCGACCUUUUCCUGCUCGCCAUCCUCGCCAUCGGACGCCAAGAGGUCGUGGAGGGGACCUGGGGGACGGAAAACAUAUCACCCGUCGAUAUCAUGCUGUUCUUCGUCUCGCUAGCCUACAUCGCCAUAUCCAUCGACGCAUCGGGUGUGAUUCGCUUUUUGGCUUUCAAGGUACUGCAAUGGGGCGGGAAGACAGGCCAUCGGCUGUUCUUUUACCUGUAUGCCUUCUGGUUCAUCCUCACAAGCUUCGUCGGCAAUGACCCUGUCAUUCUUUCUGGGACGGCCUUCCUCGCAUACAUGACGCGUGUCUCUAGCAACAUCGUCCAUCCACGUGCCUGGAUCUACAGCCAGUUUGCAGUGGCCAACAUUGGUUCCGCCAUUUUGGUCUCAGCGAAUCCAACCAACCUGGUCCUUGCCGGCGCUUUCGAAAUCAAAUUCGUCGACUACACGGCUCACAUGAUCGUGCCCGUCAUCAUCACCGGCAUUGUACUUUUCCCGUUCUUACUCUACGUCGUAUUCAACAGUGAAAAGCUCAUCCCGCCGUCCAUUCAAAUGCACGAACUUCCGGAAGAGAUGCGGAUGCGCAAACCGGUCAACCCCAAUAUCCCACACGCAAGAGGCCCCGCCGAGCAGCAAGAGGAUGCCCCCGGCGAGCAAGGGACACUGCUCUCUCUCGAAGAGAUUGUUAAUCCAUUCCUAGACCGGAAGGGCGCCAUUUUCGGCGCUGUUAUUAUGGCCGCCACUCUGGUUGCUGUCCUAGCCGUCAAUGCUGCGGCUGAAAGCACAGAAAAAAAACCGGUUUUCUACAUUACCCUCCCGGCCGCCUUUAUCAUGCUCAUAUGGGACGUGGUAUUUGGGUGGCUUCAUCGUCAUGAAACCCGUGAAAUCGCCCGUAAAGGUCGCGAGGAACUCGAACGUUUACGGGUGCAGCAGGCGUUGCGCGAUCAGCAGGAGCAGGAAAUGAUGACUGCGGCAUUGACCAAGAGGGGACCCUCAUCCGAUGGUUCGGUGUCUGGCCAAACGACAGCCCUACCGGAUGCGGGGCUGAAUGCGGAAAAGAACACGGAGGAUGUGAUUUCUACCACCGGCGAUAGCCCAGAGAAGUCCCCGACGGAGAAGGUCAAAGAGGAACCAAAUAUCCCAGGGAAUAAGGAUUCCAAAUUCAAAACCCCCGGGGAAUCAGAACGAACCCAACCGCAGCGAGCAACAUUGGUAUCCAAGACAAAGGAUACCUACCGGUGGGCUCAAGAGACAUUUCCCACGGCCACGGCUGUGAUUGCGCAUCUGCCGUUUGCGUUGAUCCCCUUCGCCUUCUCCAUGUUCGUGCUCGUUCAGGGGUUGGUCACGAAGGGCUGGGUGCAAAUUUUUGCUCUUGGUUGGGAUGCCUGGGUAAAGAAGACCGGCACCAUCGGCGCUAUCGGCGGGAUGGGGUUCCUCUCCGUCCUCCUGUGCAAUUUUUCCGGCACUAACAUCGGAACCACCAUCUUACUUUCCCGAGUCAUUCAAGCCUGGCGCCACAUCCACCAUCUCGACCACAUCAACCACAUUGACAGCCACCCAAUUACGGAGCGCAUGUUCUGGGCCACAAUUUACACCAUGGCGCUAGGUGUCAACUAUGGUGCUUUUAGCAGCGCCUUCAGUGCAUCGCUCGCCGGCCUGCUGUGGCGCGAUAUCCUCAGCAAGAAACACAUCCACGUCAAGCGGCUGGAUUUUGCGACGGUGAAUUUGCCGAUCAUUGCUAUUGCCAUGGUCGUCGGUUGUGUCGUUCUGAUCGGCGAGAUGUGGUUGUUCAAGUCAGAAACGCCGCUAGAAGCAGUUUAA